AUGGCGGCCAACAAGGGGAUGGUGGCGGGCUCGCACAACCGCAACGAGUUCGUCAUGAUCCGGCACGACGGCGACGCGCCCGCCCCGGCUAAGCCCGCGAAGAGCGCGAAUGGGCAGGUGUGCCAGAUUUGUGGUGACACUGUUGGCGUUUCAGCCACUGGUGAUGUCUUUGUUGCCUGCAAUGAGUGUGCCUUCCCUGUCUGCCGCCCUUGCUAUGAGUACGAGCGCAAGGAGGGGAACCAGUGCUGCCCUCAGUGCAAGACUAGAUACAAGAGACAGAAAGGUAGCCCUCGAGUUCAUGGUGAUGAGGAGGAGGAAGAUGUUGAUGACCUGGACAAUGAAUUCAACAAUGGGAAAGGUCCAGAGUGGCAACUGCAAAGAGAUGAUGCUGAUCUGUCUUCAUCUGCUCGCCAUGAGCCACAUCAUCGGAUUCCACGCCUGACAAGUGGACAACAGAUAUCUGGAGAGAUCCCUGAUGCUUCCCCUGACCGUCAUUCUAUCCGCAGUCCAACAUCAAGCUAUGUUGAUCCAAGCGUCCCAGAUCAGUUCCCAAAAUGGUAUCCAAUCAACCGUGAAACAUAUCUUGACAGGCUUGCAUUGAGAUAUGAUAGAGAGGGAGAGCCGUCACAGCUGGCUCCCAUUGAUGUCUUCGUCAGUACAGUGGAUCCAUUGAAGGAACCUCCACUGAUCACAGCCAACACUGUUUUGUCCAUUCUUGCUGUGGAUUACCCUGUUGACAAAGUGUCAUGCUAUGUUUCUGAUGAUGGUUCAGCUAUGCUGACUUUUGAGUCUCUCUCAGAAACCGCAGAAUUUGCUAGAAAGUGGGUUCCUUUUAGAGAGUAUGAAGAAUUCAAAAUAAGAAUCAAUGCCCUUGUUGCCAAAGCACAGAAAGUGCCUGAAGAGGGGUGGACCAUGGCUGAUGGAACUGCUUGGCCUGGGAAUAAUCCUAGGGACCAUCCUGGCAUGAUUCAGGUUUUCUUGGGGCACAGCGGUGGGCUUGACACUGAUGGAAAUGAGUUACCACGUCUUGUCUAUGUCUCUCGUGAAAAGAGACCAGGCUUUCAGCAUCACAAGAAGGCUGGUUCUAUGAAUGCACUGGUAUGCUUUUCUCUCCAUGAAUUCACUUCUACUCCAGGCACUUUAUUCAUCUGUUCCAUGCUAAUUAUACCCCUUUCACUGGUGGGCAGAUUCGUAUCUGCUGUGCUGACAAAUGGUGCCUAUCUUCUCAAUGUGGAUUGUGACCAUUACUUCAAUAGCAGCAAAGCUCUUAGAGAAGCAAUGUGCUUCAUGAUGGAUCCAGCUCUAGGAAGGAAAACUUGUUAUGUACAAUUUCCACAAAGAUUCGAUGGCAUUGACUUGCACGAUCGAUAUGCUAAUCGGAACAUAGUUUUCUUUGAUAUCAACAUGAAAGGUCUAGAUGGCAUUCAGGGUCCAGUCUAUGUGGGAACAGGAUGCUGUUUCAAUAGGCAGGCUUUGUAUGGAUAUGAUCCUGUUUUGACUGAAGCUGAUCUGGAACCUAACAUUGUUGUUAAGAGCUGCUGUGGUAGAAGGAAGAAAAAGAACAAGAGUUAUAUGGAUAGUCAAAGUCAGAUUAUGAAGAGAACAGAAUCUUCAGCUCCCAUCUUCAACAUGGAAGACAUCAAGAGGGUAUUGAAGGAUGAAAGGUCAGUGCUUAUCUCCCAGAGGAAAUUGGAGAAACGCUUUGGUCAGUCUCCAAUUUUCAUUGCAUCCACCUUUAUGACUCAAGGUGGCAUACCACCUUCAACAAACCCAGCUUCUCUACUAAAGGAAGCUAUCCAUGUCAUCAGCUGUGGGUAUGAGGACAAAACUGAAUGGGGAAAAGAGAUUGGCUGGAUCUAUGGUUCAGUUACGGAGGAUAUUCUGACUGGGUUUAAAAUGCAUGCAAGAGGAUGGCAAUCAAUCUACUGCAUGCCACCACGACCUUGUUUCAAGGGUUCUGCACCAAUCAAUCUUUCCGAUCGUCUUAAUCAGGUGCUCCGUUGGGCUCUUGGGUCAGUGGAAAUUCUGCUUAGUAGACAUUGUCCUAUCUGGUAUGGUUACAAUGGGCGAUUGAAGCUUUUGGAGAGGCUGGCUUACAUCAACACCAUUGUUUAUCCAAUCACAUCCAUUCCGCUUAUCGCCUAUUGUGUGCUUCCUGCUAUCUGUCUUCUUACCAAUAAAUUUAUCAUCCCUGAGAUUAGUAAUUAUGCUGGGAUGUUCUUCAUUCUUCUUUUCGCCUCCAUUUUUGCCACUGGUAUAUUGGAGCUCAGAUGGAGUGGUGUUGGCAUUGAAGAUUGGUGGAGAAAUGAGCAGUUUUGGGUUAUUGGUGGCACCUCUGCCCAUCUCUUCGCGGUGUUCCAGGGUCUGCUGAAAGUGUUGGCUGGGAUUGAUACCAACUUUACAGUUACCUCAAAGGCAUCUGAUGAGGAUGGUGACUUUGCUGAGCUAUAUGUGUUCAAGUGGACCAGUUUGCUCAUUCCUCCGACCACUGUUCUUGUCAUUAACCUGGUCGGAAUGGUGGCAGGAAUUUCGUAUGCCAUUAACAGCGGCUACCAAUCCUGGGGUCCGCUCUUUGGGAAAGCUGUUCUUCUCGAUCUGGGUGAUCCUCCAUCUCUAUCCCUUCCUCAAGGGUCUCAUGGGCAGGCAGAACCGCACACCAACAAUCGUCAUCGUCUGGUCCAUCCUCCUCGCGUCUAUCUUCUCCUUGCUGUGGGUGAAGAUCGAUCCUUUCAUCUCCCCGACACAGAAAGCUGCCGCCUUGGGGCAAUGCGGUGUGAACUGCUGAUCGAGACCGUGACUCUUAUUUGA